AAAACCUCGUCGGCGGGUUUUAGAGGAGGAAUCUCAAAUCUGGGAUCUCGGAGAGGAGAUAUGGCGACAGAGUCAUCGGAAUCGGAAGAAGAAGGAAAGAUUAGAGGAGGAAACGAUAAGCUAAUCAUAGACGAUGAUCUAAGAGAGAUGGGUAAAAACGCUGCUUGGAGUGUCAGCUCUUGUAAGCCUGGCAAUGGCGUCACCACUCUCCGCGACGACAAUCUCGAGACUUAUUGGCAAUCAGAUGGGUUACAACCACAUUUGAUUAACAUUCAAUUCCAGAAGAAAGUGAAAUUGCAAUUAGUGGUUCUCUACGUUGACUUUAAGCUUGAUGAGAGCUAUACACCAAGUAAAAUCUCUAUUCGAGCUGGUGAUGGUUUUCAUAACUUAAAGGAGAUUAAAAGUGUGGAGCUUGUUAAACCAACUGGUUGGGUUUGCUUAUCUUUGUCUGGAACUGAUCCACGGGAAACUUUUGUCAAUACAUUUAUGUUACAAAUAGCCAUUUUGUCAAAUCACCUCAAUGGGAGAGAUACUCAUAUCCGCCAGAUCAAAGUUUACGGCCCUAGACCAAAUCCUAUUCCGCACCAACCGUUUCAGUUUACAUCAAUGGAGUUUCUCACUUAUGCGACACUGAGAUGAAAGAUUUGAGCAGGAGAAGUUUGAAGAACAUGGACUGUGAAAGAUACUGCUAUUGAUACCACAGGAAGAGUCUAUAAUCAGAUUAGGUUUUGAAGCUUAUAGUUUCAUAUAUUGUUGUGUAAUGGCUUCUGUUUAUAUAUU